AUGACAAAACUAAAAAAAUUGAAGUUAAUUCUAAAGAAGUGGAAUUGGGAAACUUUUGGAGAUGUCAAUGCUAAAUUACUUAAAGCAGAUAAUGAUGUAAUGCAGACAACCUUAGCUUCUGACAGGAAUCCCGCAGAUGUAAAAUUAUUGAAUGAUUUAGUUACUGCAAGGGGUGUGCAAGAAAUCAUUAUAAAUCAGCAUAAAGCUAUUCUUUUUCAGAAGUCAAGAACCAAGUGGCUGAAAGAAGAUAAAUUCAAAUUUCAAGAAGUCCAAACUUCAGAUAAUAUAAUGAAGGCAGUUCCUGAAGUUCUUUCACAUGGAGAUAUUGUCUUUAUUUAUCUAAUUCCAAGUGCAAAUGAGAUUAAAGUUUUAGUAUAUGAUCUUGAUCCAGAUAGUGCACCUGGACCAGAUGGUUUUGGAGGCUGGCAAAUUGAUCCCUCAAACUUCUUCUUAAAGAUUAUUACCAAUAUUCCUACUAUGAGAAUUAGUAGUCUGCUUAGCAAAAUUAUAUCCCCUCAACAGGGUGCUUUUAUUAAAGGCAAAACAAUACAAGAGCAAAUAGUCCUAGCUUCUGAAGUGGUGAAUGAAAUGGAAAUUAAUAGAAGAGGUGGGAAUAUUGGGAUGAAGAUUGAUAUUACACAAGCUUUUGAUUCUCUAAGUUGGGAGUUCCUAUUCACAGUAAUGCAGAAAUUGGGAUUCUCAAUAAAAUGCAUAAACUGGAUUAAAGUGUUAUUUAGAUCAUCCUCUCUGGAUAUUUCUCAGUUGAAAGUGGUCUAA